AUGCGCUACGAGGUGAUCACAGGGGUUGAGCGCCGACGCCGCUGGCCGGACGAGGAGAAGCUUACGAUCCUCGGCGAGGUGGGCGUUGAUGGUGAGACCGUCGCCAGUGUCGCGCGCCGCCACGAUAUCACCCGCCAGCAUAUCUAUCAGUGGCGAACCGAGAUGCGCCGCAAGGGACUGAUCAGUGAUCGGAAGGGUCUUCUGGUGCCGGUCGAGGUUGCCGAAGAUGCAGUUUCCGGCACAAGCGAUGCUCAUUCCGGUUCGGUCGACCUCAUCGAAGUGGUUCUCACCAACGGCGACAUGAUUGGGCCGGGUACGGGCGUGCGAGUCUAUCUGGCCUGCGGGGUGACCGACAUGAGGAAGGGUAUCGCCGGCCUUGCUGCGAUCGUGCAGGACCAACUGCGGCAAAAACCUGCCAGUGGAUCCGUCUUUGCCUUUCGCGGUCGCCGCGGCGACAGGGUCAAGAUCCUCUAUUUUGACGGCCAGGGGUACUGCCUCUAUUACAAGAUCCUCGAGAAGGGGCGCUUUCCUUGGCCAUCCGCCGCCGAUGGCACGGCGCGUCUGACCUCGGCGCAACUGGCCAUGUUGUGGGAGGGGAUCGAUUGGCGCCGACCCAACUGGGGCACGCCGCCCGAGCGGUUUUCCUGA